GACGGACGCCGCGGCGUAGGCUUCGCGUCAGUAGCACGCGACCGUGCAGCUCCGGCUCGGGAUUCCGAACUUACAGCAUGUCGGUCAUCUUCGCCCCUGACUGGCUUCGCGGCAAGGCCAAGGUCAACCAGGAGACCAUCCAGCGGCUCCUGGAGGAGAAUGACCAGCUGAUCCGCUGUAUCGUGGAGUAUCAGAACAAGGGCCGAGCGAACGAGUGCGUCCAGUACCAGCACGUGUUGCAUAGAAAUCUCAUUUAUUUAGCUACCAUCGCAGAUGCCAACACAGGCAGCCUUACAAAGGCAGUGGAAUAAUCUUCUAGGAGGCUUUUGAUGCGGAAUGACAGAAUGGAACCCAUCUCCUGUGAAACAGAGACAGAAUUGUUAGUAACUGAGCCACUUGGGUGAGAAGUCUGUGGCUCUUUCUAGACUGAGAAGUUGCUGCUAACUGUACUAUAUUCUAAAUAUUGUAAAUAUUUUAGUAAUAAAGCAGACCCCGCUGGAAAACUAAA